UCAGCUGUGUCCAAUCACAGCUGAUCACUGAUGAUCAGUGUGCCCCGAUGAUCUGUGUAGCCCCAGCAGCGCCACCUGUCAGUGUUCAUCAGUGUCAGCUCUCAGUGCUCAUCCAUGCCACCUGCCAGUGCCACCUAUCAAUGCCACAUAUCAGUGCCCAUCUGAGCUGCCUUUCAGUGUCACCCAGCAGUGCCACCUAUCAAUGCCAGUCAGUGCCGCCUAUCAGUGCUGCCUAUCAGUGACGCCUAACAGUGCCAUCUAUCAGUGCCGCCUAUCAGUGCCAUAUAUGAGUGCUGCCU